GGGCCACAGAAACUUUACUUAGGGCCACAGAAUUUUUACUCAGGGACAGACAGAAUUGUUACUGAGUGCCAGAGAAUUGUUACUCAGGGACAGACAGAAUUGUUACUGAGUGCCAGAGAAUUGUUACUCAGGGCCACAGAAACUUUACUUAGGGCCACAGAAUUGUUACUCAGGGACAGACAGAAUUGUUACUGAGUGACAGAGAAUUGUUACUUAGGGCCACAGAAAACUUUAGUUAGGGCCACAGAAUUGUUACUCAGGGACAGACACAGAAUUGUUACUGAGGGCACAGAAC